GCGCAGCUGGCCCAGGCUUUGUAUGAUAAUGCAGCUGAGAGCCCUGAAGAGCUUAGUUUUCGCAGAGGUGACGUGAUGCUUGUCCUAGAAAGAGAUGCUCACACUCUAGGGGGGUGGUGGCGUUGUUCUUUGAGGGGAAAACAAGGUAUUGCUCCUGGAAAUCGAUUGCGACUUCUGCCAGAAGAAAACACACAGGAAAAUGAAUACCAGGCACCCCGUCUCAUUGGAGCCACUGCAGUAACCCCAAAGUUACAGAAAUCUGAAGUUAUGCCGCAACAUUCCACAGAGGAACAACAAUCUGAGGUAUAUCAAGUUCCAUCAAUUGCACGCCUCUGCAUCUCAUCACCUCAGGAUGAAAUCUACAACUCUCCUCGUCACAUCGAGACAUCUCAGCCCUGUCCACAAGAGGUUUAUGAUAAACCAUCAUCGUUACUGAGGGAUAUACAGUCUGUAUCAGAAACAUAUGACAGUCCAGUGUUGCGUGUUAAAGAUGUAGCUGUCCAACCCCCUGAAGAGAUACCUGAAGAUAUAUACGAUGUGCCACCAAUGUUCCAGAAUGUGCCACUAUCAGAUAAUGAAGAAGAUGAGGGUAUUUAUUCUAUGCCCUCAAAUUUAAAACGGGUGUCAGGGCUCCAGAAUCUCUAUGAAGCACCAGAAGACAUUUUAGGUUGUGGUAACUUACCGGAAACUCUUGAACCCCCUCAAACUCAUCGUCUUUCGGUUUCCAGUACUGGCAGCGCUCGUUCCGCAGACUCUGGAGGGAGUCGGGAAUCUGGUCUGCCAUCUGUUCUGUCAAGGGAUCCUCGAAGUGAUGGAGUUUCCACCAUGGAGUCAUUGAGACUGUUGCACCAAGAACUGCAAAGGACAGUGGUACUUAUGUUUGAAAAGAUGCAAGAGAGCUCAGGACAGGGGUGUUUAGAAUAUCAAGUUACAGCUCAGGUAAUGGAAGCCCUUAAAGACUUUGUGGACUUGGCCCAGGUUGUUCUCCUUCACUCUUGCCAAGCCUCAGAUCCAUCAUUGCACCGACAACUCUCAGGGCACCUUGAAAAACUUGAGCUUGCUUUACUGGCACUGCAGGAAGCCAGUAUUGAGUUAUCAGUAGUUAACAUAAUUCAGGAGCAGAGUGGGUUUAUUUUAGCACUCGUAACUGCCAAUGCUGGCCUUCUCUUCCCACGACCACGACUCUCUUCUAGUGAAAGCCUUUCCCGGCGGCCACUUCCUGCACUACCCACAGCCUCCCCUGCUACACAUCGCAAAGGCAGCAUCCAAGAUCGACCUCUACCACCACCACCUAUCAUGCACUGCGCUCCUAGUGAUCCUGUUGAAGAUGCACACAGUGAAUAUGAGAGGAUUCAGUGCAGAGACAAUCAUUAUGUUCAUCUACAGGGUACUGUCACUACUCAGACAAUGCAAAAAUCCAAAGACAGACCUACAGACAUAGAUCAGCGCAAUUCACAGGAGAAAAAGACUGACCCUUGUCCAGAGCCAUCAGUCAAGAAGACCAUCAUUUGCUGCGCUUUUAUGCAUCUCAAAGUCACGGACACCUCCAGACACUUCAGACCUGCGUGGGUACAUUUCUGGGAAGUGCAAGCUCACAACCACCACGUGUUUUUGUAGGACAUGGAAAACAGCUGGUGAUUGCGGCACACAAGCUGGUGUUCAUUGGGGACACACUUGGGCGGUUGCUCAGCUGUACUCAACUGCAAGCUAAAUUAGCAGGGGAAGGAGGAGCCCUAUGCCAAGCCCUUAAAGAAGUUGUGCUAGCCACAAAGGAGGCUGCUGCACUGUACCCAUCUCCUGUUGCACUCAAAGCCAUGGCAGCCAGUGUAUCUGUACUCUGCACCUGUGCUCACAGCUUCACAGAACUUCUACAAAAACUGGCUGCCUGA